AUGAUCACGGGCUUGGAGAGUAAUAUUCCACGAUCCACUUCUAAUCAUGACGACGAAGAAGAAGAAGGUGAUGCAGCCGGUGCCGGAAAGAAAAAGACCGGCGAAAAAAAGUCAAGGAAACCCAAGUACGCUUUUCAGACAAGAAGCCAAGUUGAUAUACUUGAUGAUGGGUACAGAUGGAGGAAAUACGGUCAAAAGGCUGUCAAGAACAACAAAUUCCCAAGAAGCUAUUACAGGUGCACGCAUCAAGGUUGCAAUGUGAAGAAGCAAAUUCAGAGGCUAUCCAAAGAUGAAGGCGUUGUCGUGACAACCUAUGAAGGCAUGCAUUCGCAUCCAAUCGAGAAAUCGACCGACAAUUUUGAGCACAUUCUUAGUCAGAUGCAAAUAUACACCUCCUUCUAA